CUAGGGUGCAAAUGAAUUAAAACACAUUGGCGUAUCUUCGGUUUAAUUCUCAUUCAGUGUUAAAAUUUAGAUUUUUCCUUAGAAUUUUCGAAGUUCUUAGUAAUAUUUUAGCAUAGCAUUAUUUUAUUUUAUAACAUUAGUUACUUAGCAACCUUUUAAAUAUUUCAUAAUUAUACAGGCUAUCGGCUAAUAUUCCAUUUCGUUACAAAGUAUUUUUGGCACAUUAUAUUAAAUACAAUCUACAUAUACUAAAUGUAUGGUUAUGUGGGUAUUAAAAGGGCAUCGAUCAAUACAUGUUUUUCAUGGUGUCAACACCAACGCGUCCUGCCUUAGAUAUGUAACCUUGUUGUAGUUAUUUUAUUAAUAAUAGAGGGUAGGUCCGUCCUUGUAGAGGCGCCAUUUUUUGUUCAUUUUAACAAUUAUACUCAACAGUAUUAUGUAUUAAGUAUUUGGUUUGCCACUUUUACCCACCGCAGUUCUUAAGGUUUUUAUUAAUAAUGGAAGAAAUGAUUGUUGAGUCUGAUUCCUCCUCAUCCGAUGAAGAAGAGGACAUCACACAACCAGGGCCUUCAGGAUCCAACAACCGAAAAAGAAGAAAACCCAACAAUGACGACGACGCUAAAGGAGAAAGCGAUGAAGACAUGGUCAAAUAUUUGGUGCGGUGGCGUGAUGUCGGAAGGUUCGGUGCCGGCUCUUGGGGCAAAAUUAUACGCUUGCAGAAGAUUUUUAAGGAGAGACCGCCAAGAAAGGACAAAACCAGAUACGUGUACCAUAUUCGGAGGAACAGACCACCAACACCCCCGAUAUCAGAUCACGAAUAUAUGAAUAUGCCUGGCACUUCAUCUGCUGUUCCAAGACCUCGAACAGAUAACACAUCGAGCCAACCUCAUUCGAUUUACAGACCGACUGACUCAGAUAGACAAACCAAUCAAGAUGGGCAAAGAGAAAGCCACUUUGUCGGAUCUCAAAUGUACACGUCGCGGCCUAUACUAGGCAUGAUCGUGCCGUUAGCGCCUCCAGAUUUGCCCCCUAUGCGCGAUCUACAUGAUCACUCAAUUCCUGUUCGUAUGCAUUCGUUGGACAGACCAAGCUCUCCGGUAAGACCAGUAUCUCUUUAUCCCCCAACUAGUGCCCUUGAGAGAGAUACUUCCCCUCCUCCUCUUAGAGAUAAUUAUUCUCCAUCUCCGAGUAUCAACCCAAUCACGACUCCUAUUAGUGUUCAUUUUAUUCCAGCUAACCCAUAUGACAGCGAAGGUCUAGGUGAUAUUCCUGUUAUUGUUCGAAUUUCUCAAUCUGAUAGCCAAUCUCCCUACCAGGGACCUAUUAUAAGAAUACGAGCUGGCGGCAUAGAUGAAUACGUGACAGUAUUUCCUCCUCCGCGCCCUCCGACCGACGCUCCUGUCUCCGUUAGUGAAACAUCGUUACCAACACCUGUCCUUAUAUCCGAAACAAUGCCUGAUAAUCCAACGCCUAUGGGAGAACUAACAACAACAUUUGUCCAAGAAGUCCUUGUAAAUGGAUUAGCAUUGGAUCAUCCAGGUCCUAGCUCCGGGUCAAGGCGUGAUAAUCUGACGCAUGUUAGACGUUUUUUAACAGCACUCGUCCGCGAAGCCCUUGCAGCUGGAUUAGCAUUUGCUCAUCAAGAGUCUACUUCUGGCACAACGACAGAUAAUCCGACGCCGGUUAGAGACUUAUCAACAACACUUGUCCACCAAGGCCUUGCAGCUGGAUCACCAUCUGCUCAUCAAGGGUCUAACUCUGCAACAGCGCGUGAUAAUCCGACGCCUGUUAGAGACUUAUCAACAACACUUGUCCACCAAGGCCUUGCAGCUGGAUCACCAUCUGCUCAUCGAGCGUCGAUCUCGGGUACACUGCGUGAUAAUCUGACGCCUGUUAGAGGCUUAUCAACAACACUUUUCCACCAAGGCUUUGCAGCUGGAUUACCAUCUGCUCAUCCAGAUUUAAGCUCUGGGCCCGUAUGGCCUAAUCUGACGCCUGUUAGAGAUUUAUCAACAACACAUGACCACCAAGGCCUUGCAUCUGAAUUACCAUCUGCUCAUCCAGGGCCUACGGCCUCCGGCACAGAGCUGGCUAAUCCGACGCCUGCUAGAGGCUUAUCAACAACACUUGUCCACCAAGGCCUUGCAGCUGGAUCACCAUCUGCUCAUCCAGAUUUAAGCUCUGGGCCCAUAUGGCCUAAUCUGAAGCCUGUUAGAGAUUUAUCAACAACACAUAACCACCAAGGCCUUGCAUCUGGAUUACCAUCUGCUCAUCCAGGGCCUACGGCCUCCGGCACAGAGCUGGCUAAUCCGACGCCUGUCAGGGAUUCAUCGGCAGGGCAAACAAGUUACAUACCAGAUGGAGAAAUGUCAGCAUAUGUAAACCGUUCAUCUGAAGGCCCUGUAAUCAUAAUUUAUGACGAGGAAAGACCAGAAGACGAAAAUGUCGUUGAACUCAGUGAUUAAGUAUGUGAACGUAGGGGAGAAACUUCGAAGACGAUCUAGGCCCGGACAACUAGUCGGUAAUUUUUACCAGAAUAAAACGACAUUAUAUGUGCACGAAUUAAAAUUGUGAUUCGGAUUUGAAUUCUUAUACAUAGAUUACCAUUCGUCGUAAUAUGUCGUGUACGCUACAAGUGUACGUCAGGCUUAUCUGUGGACUCCAGAGGAUAUAUGUUUCGAUACUUCUUUAAUAAAUGAUCUUUAUUAACAAUAUUUUUAUACAGGUAUUUGGCUUUUUCCGAUUUUAUGUGAAUUAUCAAUUAGUACCUACGUGGACGAGUCUAUUAUUGCAUUAUUUUACUGUUUACGAGGAAAUCCGAAUUUAAUUUUGCUUAUUGGCAGAUAUAUAUUAUAUUAAUAUUAUAUAAUUAACGUGAAUUUAAUGUAUUUAUUUUGUUACAGUAAUAAUAUUACCUACGCCUAACUAAAUAGGUACUGCAGUUAUUUUUGUAUAAUUUGUAACAUGACUCACUUUAACUUUAGGAAUACCUGUAACAACCAAAAAUUGUUUAGUUUAUUGAGUGUAACUCGAUUUGGUAAUUAAAAUAAUUUAUUUCAAUGUUAAUUAAUUUAUUAGUUACGUGACAGACGUGCCUACAACGUGGAAUGUUUAUGUUCUAUGACCCUAUUUACAGGUCAUGCUUAUAUCGUCUCAUGAUUUUAUCUGACUGACGACUUUCGACUAAGGUUGUUACAAUGUGAUGAAUGUGUGAUAGGGUAAAAUAAUAUUGUGUAAUGUUACCACCGUGAGUAAGUGCACACCGUGCCGAGUCAAACUCUGAGACUGAAGUAAUGGAGACUGGAAUGAUGUAAGAGAGAACGGCCAACUCCUAGAGUGUUUAAGCUGAAACUGCAGCUAUGCCGAGUACCUAAAUGCAAAGCCUGUUGUGGAUACCUAUAUCGCAUUAUGUUUUAUUUGUUUUAAAGUUGAUUUGCUCGUUGAUUCUAAAAUAAGAUGUGAACUUAUUAACAGUAAUUACCAAGUCGGUGAAAUACCGUCGGUUUAAAUUAAUAUCUUUAUAGCAUAUCAUACAUAAAAAAAAAUCAAAUAGUUUCUAAUUUAUUGACA